AUGUUCAGGCCGACUUCCCCUCUGGCAGGAGGCCUUCUAUGGAAAAUCCCCUGGCGCCUCUCGUCAAUGCAAAAAGCGCGUCAACGAAAGCGGUUAAAAAUGGUCGAUAAAGUCGUCGACACGGUCAGCACAGCGCUGCAAAACAAUGGUGGAAUGACGGCAAAGGCGGUCGAGCGAUGGUACCAGGAGAUGCCCCGAGAGGAAGAGAUGCUGCCAAAGGACAAAUACACAAUUUUUGAUCGCAAGGAGAAGAAAUAUAGAAAGGGCAUCCACAAGCUACCGAAAUGGACGAGAGUCAGUCAGAGACUUAAUCCCCCCGGCUUCUAG